CGUUUUUAUUUUCUUGAUUCUUGAUGAUCACCAUCAAAGUAUUUUGUUUUUGUAAAACAAGUUAUACUGUGCGUUAUGAUUAAUUCUAGACUCUAAAUUGAAUUUUAAGUAAGUUUCAAUGAGUGUUGCGAAUAUUGUACAGUACGUUAUAGUACGUGGUGAUCUCCUCAAAGCCCUAGAAUGGCCUGCUGGAGCAGUGAUAGCACAAGCUUGUCAUGCUGUUACAGCUGUUACACAUCUCUUUUACGAAGAUGAAUUCACUCAACGAUAUCUUAAAGACUUAGAUAAUAUGCACAAAGUUGUUUUAGAAGCUCCAGAUGAAAAAAGUUUAAUUAAUCUUAAAGAGAAACUGGAAGAAAAUAGUGUUAAGCACAAGUUGUGGAUAGAACAACCCGAGAAUAUACCCACAUGUUUAGUUGUUAAACCUUAUCCCAAGGAGGAAAUUCAGAAAUAUUUCAAGAGGUUUAAGUUAUUCAAAACGUGAUUAUUAAUGUUUAACAAUAAAUAUGACAGUAGUUUUUA